CGAAAGAACACCAUCUCUGAGUGCUGCCGGGCCUCGACUGGUGCUCGAAAAAGGGAUUUUCUAUUGUGCCCUUGCACUCGUUGACAUCUUUGUUCAAGCGCUCAGGAACCUUGCGCGGCGUGGCCCGUUCCUUGGACGUUGAAACCACGCUAGACCCAUCCGGGGCGAACCCGCCUCAUCAGCAGUACUCCGUACGACUCCCUCCCUCUGCUGCCCGUCUGACCUCCACCACCACAAACAACACAAAGAAGAGGUACCACGUUUCUGCCUCCGCAAUCCACAGUCGCUCGUUACCUUUCCUUUCUUUCAGCAUACGCUCUUUCGGUGGAGUCUCGCCCCUGGGCUCCGAAGGCCGGCCCCCCUUCGACCACCUCCAGUCCAUCGCCUUCAGCCAACAGCCACGAACGUCGCACAGCAGCCCCCAAGUCCCUUCGAGACCCGCUCGCCCACGACAUUCAGACCCGGGCCAGCGUCCUCCACUAGCGGCAACAUGGCGUCCAUUUCCCGUAGAGACGUCGACAACGUCCUGCGAACCAUAUUCAAACGAUGUGUCGAUUGCGAGGCCGGGCAGCGCCCCUCUUGCGCCGCCAUCACUUGCAAACCCGACGAAAUGUGCAUUCAGGUACCGCGGAAUUGCGACAGUUGCGCCAUGGUCAAGUGCGUUCCGCAGAGCGCCGAUCCAACGAGCGGAAAUUCCAAUCCCUCCUCUGGCCCGAAUGUUGGGGCAAUAGCCGGAGGUGUUGUUGGAGGUGUGGCCUUUGUUGCUGUGCUCACAUUCAUCAUUUGGAAAUUCUGCUUGAAGGGCCGUCGGCGGACAUAUGACGAAGCAGAUUGGCAAGAGGUGGACGCAUCAAACCAGGAGAAGAUCGAACAUGACUUCGCAUCCAGGCGCAACACGCGGGCAUCGACACAUACCGUGGCCUCCAUGGCCUCAUCCGUUCUCACACGGGCGUCCAACAUCAUCCAGAUUGCGUAUAUCCCGGGUGUAACAAACCGCUCAGGGCCUGGAUCGCCUGACCUCCUUGUACCGCCCGUUCCCCCCAUUCCUGCCAUGUCUCCCUCUACGGGCCUCAACAGCCCGUAUUCCACUUCGGAACAGCACUUCUUCCUACCCGAUUUCCGAGACUCCAUGGCCUCCACUUCCACCGACGUCCGUAGCAGCUACGCGCGUACGAGCAUUGCACCCAGCCUGGCACGCGCUAGCGUCGCUUCAACUGUAUAUCGCCAGAACGCUAUCGUGUCGCCGCUACCGGCUCAAACUAUUGUACGCGGCAAAGCAGCCGUUGUCAGUGUCAAAUCCAGCGGCUCCAACAGCCCCGCAGAGACUCCCGGUCUGGGCACCCCGCCAGUACCGCAGAUUGACCCCAAGCACACUGCGCAGCCCGUUCGUAUUCAGAUACCGCAUAGCUCUACAUCUCCCAGUCCUCAAAACUCUGUCAGGAGUACUGCAACCCUCGGUCCUGUUCGGGCGCUCACCAUCACGAAGAAGAAGGCUACCCCCGAGACGACACCACCGCGAAGUUCAGAAGCAUCAGCCACCAGCGACAGUACUGUCACGCCGACAGAGACACUCGUGCCGACAGUACGGCCAUUGACAGAGGUGUCUCUUGCCUCGACCGACGAUGGACUUGCACACGCACGUGCUCGUCGGGGUGACGACGUCGACUCUGACUCUGAUGAGGAUGAUGACGAGCACUCUCGUGCACGACGAAGUCUCCUGCGCAGCUCCGACAUCACCGAUAUCCAGGACACACCUACCUCAGCGCAGAGCCCGUUUUCAGACAGGUCGGCGAUCGAGUAUCAGCAACGCCCGGCAGAGGUUCGCCGCCAUACCUCCACUUCCAGCACCGCUCUUCGCCCGCCCAUGACGCCCAUCGCCGAGGAGUCAUCCAAGCGUACGAGCAGCGCAUCGAAACGUGCAACAAGUCCCUUCUCAGACGACCAUCGGAGCGAUCUAUGA